ACACACAUCUAUUUAAAUUAACCCCUCACUCAUUUAUGAGAUCCUAGAUUUCUGACUGUCUGCUUUGCUGUGACAAGGAAAACUGGGAUGCACACAAAUCACAUGAAGGACACAAAGAACAGCUUUAAUAUAUCUCAUCUCUGUGACCAAAAGGAGAAGCUUAUUCACGCUAUUAAAAAGAUUAAACAUGAAAUUGAUGAAUGUUAUGAAGCUGAAAACAACACCUUUAUGGAAGCACUGGAGGUUGAGAACAAAUGUGAAGAGAUUGAGCGGGAAGUCCGAGCAGAGUUCCAGAAUCUUCAUCGCUUCCUGGAUGAGGAGGAGGAGAUAGACCUGGAUCGAUUGAGGAAAGAAAGGGACAAACGAGUUAAGAUCUUAAAAGACAGGGAGAAGAAGAUUGCCAUGCAGGGAAGAGAUCUUGAGAGAGCCAUCGAGACUUUGAACUGCAAACUGAGGGAAGAUGACAGUCCCAAACUUCUGAAGGAAAUCAAAGAGCUUCUGAAAAGAUGUGAGGUGACUUUCAUGCGUCCUGCACCAGUAGACAGUGAGAUCUGCUCUGGUCAGUUUGUGGGACCCAUUCAGUACAGGAUCUGGAAACACAUGAAAACAUCCCUCUACCCAAACAUAUCUACUUUGACUUUUGACCCUGAAACGGCACAUCCCCUGCUGACCCUGUCUGCUGAGAGGACCUCUGUGAUUUUCGAGGAGGACAAGGAGGUGCCUGAUGAGAACCCAGCAGAGAGGAACCCAAAGCGCUUCCACUACUACUAUUGUGUGAUGGGGUCAGAGGGUUUCAAUUAUGGGCGCCAUUACUGGGAGGUGAAAGUGAAGGACAAAACCGCCUGGAGAGUGGGCGUGGCCAGAGCAGACGUCCACCGCGGGGAGAUGGACUCCUCCUCCACGUUAAACGGAUUGUGGACUUUGUCCCUAAGAAAUGGCUCUGUCACAGCCUGCACCCACCCAAAGCCUACACAGGUGCGUGCUUCCGCCAAUCUCAUCCGCAUUGGAAUCUUCCUGGACUGUGAUAAAGAGGAGGUGUCUUUCUACAAUGCUGUCACCAUGAUGCCACUCUUCUCCUUCUACAUGGGAACUGUUCCAGUGCCACUCUAUCCAUUCUACAACCCAUGUGACAUAGAUGAAGGAAAGAACUGUGCCCCUCUAUCCAUCUUUCAUCCAUCGCUCUGAGGGAAUGACAUAUUAGAUGGAUGUUUGAUUUCUCCAAAACUGCUGAUACAGCUUUAUCUUUGAAAUGCUGAUGUUAUAAUCCACAUAGUAUCAAACGUUGUAUGCCUAGACACUUAAAGCUAGUGAGCAGUUUUUGCUGUGAAUCAACUAUUUAAAUAAACAAGGGCUUCCAAAACUUUUUUGACAAUUGAACACUUAUGACUUAAUGAUUUACUUGAAGCGCUACCUUACAGUAGAUUUUAAGUAAUGCUAACCUUUAAAUAUUAUGAAUUUCACGACAACUUUACGUGUUAUUAUGUUGUUAUUUGAACUUAUUUUGAAAAGAU